UGGCGGUGGCUUAGGCCUUGAAGGAACUCUGCAUCUGUCGGAUAUCUACGCCAUCCUUCCUGCUGCAGGAGCUUGUUUUGUCUCGUGAUAACUGAGGCCUGACUGUGGAGUUGUGAGUAUCUCAGUGUUGCUGCCAUCAUGUUCCUAUACAACCUGACAUUGCAGCGAGCCACAGGCAUCAGCUUUGCCAUUCAUGGCAACUUUUCUGGAACUAAACAGCAGGAAAUUGUUGUUUCCCGUGGGAAGAUACUGGAGCUGCUUCGCCCUGACCCCAACACUGGCAAAGUACACACUCUUCUCACUGUGGAAGUAUUUGGUGUUAUCCGGUCACUCAUGGCCUUUAGGCUGACGGGUGGCACCAAAGACUACAUUGUGGUUGGCAGUGACUCGGGUCGGAUUGUUAUCUUGGAAUACCAGCCAUCUAAAAAUAUGUUUGAGAAAAUUCACCAAGAAACCUUUGGCAAGAGUGGAUGCCGCCGCAUUGUUCCAGGCCAGUUCUUAGCUGUGGAUCCCAAAGGGCGAGCUGUUAUGAUUAGUGCCAUUGAAAAACAGAAGUUGGUAUAUAUCUUGAACAGAGAUGCUGCAGCCCGGCUUACCAUUUCAUCUCCCCUAGAGGCCCACAAAGCGAACACUUUAGUAUAUCAUGUGGUCGGAGUAGAUGUGGGAUUUGAAAAUCCAAUGUUUGCUUGUCUGGAAAUGGAUUAUGAGGAAGCAGACAAUGAUCCAACAGGGGAAGCAGCAGCUAAUACCCAGCAGACUCUUACCUUCUAUGAGUUAGACCUUGGUUUAAAUCAUGUGGUCCGAAAAUACAGUGAACCUUUGGAGGAACAUGGCAACUUUCUUAUUACAGUUCCCGGAGGGUCAGAUGGUCCAAGUGGAGUAUUAAUCUGCUCUGAAAACUAUAUCACCUACAAGAACUUUGGUGACCAACCGGAUAUCCGCUGUCCAAUUCCCAGGAGACGGAAUGACCUGGAUGACCCUGAAAGAGGAAUGAUUUUUGUUUGCUCUGCCACCCAUAAGACCAAAUCGAUGUUCUUCUUUUUGGCCCAAACUGAGCAGGGCGAUAUCUUCAAGAUCACUUUGGAGACAGAUGAAGAUAUGGUUACUGAGAUCCGGCUCAAGUAUUUUGAUACUGUGCCUGUUGCUGCUGCCAUGUGUGUGCUUAAAACAGGCUUCCUUUUUGUAGCAUCAGAAUUUGGAAACCAUUACUUAUAUCAAAUUGCACAUCUUGGAGAUGAUGAUGAAGAACCUGAGUUUUCAUCUGCCAUGCCUCUGGAAGAAGGAGACACGUUCUUCUUCCAACCAAGACCACUCAAAAACCUUGUGCUGGUUGAUGAAUUGGACAGUCUGUCUCCCAUUUUGUUUUGCCAGAUAGCUGAUCUGGCCAAUGAAGACACACCACAGCUCUAUGUGGCCUGUGGUAGGGGACCCCGAUCAUCUCUGAGAGUCCUAAGGCAUGGACUUGAGGUAUCAGAAAUGGCUGUCUCUGAGUUACCCGGUAACCCUAAUGCUGUCUGGACAGUGCGUCGGCACAUUGAAGAUGAGUUUGAUGCCUACAUCAUUGUGUCUUUCGUGAAUGCCACACUUGUGUUGUCCAUCGGAGAGACUGUGGAAGAAGUGACUGACUCUGGGUUCCUGGGCACCACCCCAACCUUGUCCUGCUCGUUGUUAGGAGAUGAUGCCUUGGUGCAGGUGUAUCCUGAUGGCAUUCGACACAUACGAGCAGACAAGAGAGUCAAUGAGUGGAAGACCCCUGGAAAGAAAACGAUUGUGAAAUGUGCAGUGAACCAGCGACAGGUGGUGAUCGCCCUGACAGGAGGAGAGCUGGUCUAUUUUGAGAUGGAUCCUUCAGGACAGCUGAAUGAAUACACAGAGCGGAAGGAGAUGUCGGCAGAUGUAGUAUGCAUGAGUCUGGCCAACGUGCCUCCUGGAGAGCAGCGGUCUCGCUUCCUGGCUGUGGGGCUGGUGGACAAUACUGUCAGAAUCAUCUCUCUGGAUCCCUCAGACUGUUUGCAGCCUCUGAGCAUGCAGGCUCUCCCAGCCCAGCCUGAGUCCUUGUGUAUUGUGGAAAUGGGUGGGACUGAGAAGCAAGAUGAGUUGGGUGAGAGGGGCUCUAUUGGCUUCUUGUACCUGAAUAUUGGGUUACAGAAUGGUGUGCUGCUAAGAACUGUCCUGGACCCUGUCACUGGGGAUCUGUCUGACACCCGCACUAGGUACCUGGGGUCCCGUCCUGUGAAACUCUUUCGUGUCCGGAUGCAAGGCCAGGAGGCAGUGUUGGCCAUGUCAAGCCGAUCGUGGUUGAGCUAUUCCUACCAGUCUCGUUUCCAUCUCACUCCCUUGUCUUAUGAGACCCUGGAGUUCGCAUCUGGCUUCGCCUCUGAACAGUGUCCUGAGGGCAUUGUGGCCAUCUCCACCAAUACCCUGAGGAUUUUAGCGUUGGAGAAGCUAGGUGCUGUCUUCAAUCAAGUAGCAUUUCCACUGCAGUACACACCCAGGAAAUUUGUCAUUCACCCUGAGAGUAACAACCUUAUCAUCAUUGAGACUGACCACAAUGCCUACACUGAGGCAACAAAAGCUCAGAGGAAGCAGCAAAUGGCAGAGGAAAUGGUAGAAGCAGCAGGGGAGGAUGAGCGGGAGCUCGCUGCAGAGAUGGCAGCAGCAUUCCUCAAUGAAAACCUCCCUGAGUCCAUUUUCGGAGCUCCUAAGGCUGGCAACGGGCAAUGGGCCUCUGUGAUCCGCGUGAUGAAUCCUAUUCAAGGGAACACGCUGGAUCUUGUCCAGCUAGAACAGAAUGAGGCCGCAUUUAGUGUGGCCGUGUGCAGGUUCUCCAACACUGGUGAUGAUUGGUAUGUGUUGGUGGGCGUGGCCAAAGACCUGAUCCUCAACCCCAGGUCUGUAGCAGGGGGCUUUGUCUAUACCUACAAGCUCGUGAACAAUGGGGAAAAACUGGAGUUUUUGCACAAGACUCCAGUGGAAGAGGUCCCUGCUGCCAUUGCCCCAUUCCAGGGGAGGGUGUUGAUUGGUGUGGGGAAGCUUCUGCGAGUUUAUGAUCUGGGGAAGAAGAAGUUACUCCGAAAGUGUGAGAACAAGCAUAUUGCCAAUUACAUCUCUGGGAUCCAGACUAUUGGACACAGGGUAAUUGUGUCUGAUGUCCAAGAAAGUUUCAUCUGGGUUCGAUACAAGCGUAAUGAGAACCAGCUUAUCAUUUUCGCCGAUGAUACUUACCCACGAUGGGUCACUACAGCUAGCCUCCUGGACUAUGAUACUGUGGCUGGGGCAGACAAGUUUGGCAACAUUUGUGUGGUGAGGCUCCCACCUAAUACCAAUGACGAAGUGGAUGAGGAUCCCACAGGAAACAAAGCCCUGUGGGACCGGGGCUUGCUUAACGGGGCCUCUCAGAAGGCAGAGGUGAUCAUGAACUACCAUGUGGGCGAGACAGUGCUGUCAUUACAGAAGACCACACUGAUCCCUGGAGGCUCAGAAUCACUUGUCUAUACCACCUUGUCAGGAGGAAUUGGAAUCCUUGUCCCAUUCACAUCCCAUGAGGACCAUGACUUCUUCCAACAUGUAGAAAUGCACCUACGGUCUGAGCAUCCCCCUCUCUGUGGGCGAGACCACCUCAGCUUUCGUUCCUAUUACUUCCCUGUUAAGAAUGUGAUAGAUGGAGAUCUCUGUGAGCAGUUCAACUCCAUGGAGCCCAACAAACAGAAGAACGUCUCUGAAGAACUGGACCGAACCCCACCUGAGGUGUCCAAGAAGCUUGAGGACAUCCGGACCCGCUAUGCCUUCUGAGCCCUUUCUUUUCCUGUGGGACUUGUGUCAGAGACUCUGUUAUGUUUCCCCCACCACAUGACUCUGAACCCAUAUGGCAGAAGGGUGGCUGGAUAAUUAAGACUUUGUAAUAUUAAAGCUAGUAGGUCUUUCCUAUCCACUCUUUCCCUGGACUGACUGGUUCCCCCUAAAAUUGGCACUGAAAUUUGCUAUGCUUCUUUCUGACUAGUACAUAAUACAUUGAUCCCAGGUUCUGGUGUGUAAUAAGAUGUUCCCUCUUCCUCAAAGCUUUCCCUGCAUUGAUAUUUUGGCUCUCUUGUCUACUUUUGUAUACACCCUUAGUUUUUAACUGGUUUUCCUGUAAAUAUAGUUUUGUACAAUGUUACCUUUGUGGGAGGGAGGGAGGCAAGCUGAGGUGGGGACCAGGUUGAAUAUAGUAUAACUCCUGAGUUCUGCCACUCUGGAAUCUAACCAGAAAUACAAAUCUAGUUUUAACGGUG